AUGGAUGCUCUUCUUUUUGCAGCCCUUUAUAGCUUAAAUAUAGAACACUGUUCUAUUACAUCUAGAACAAUUCAGAAGGUUGCUGAUUCACUGGAUUCUGGAUCAGUGCUGACGCAAAUGUGUUUAGGAUACAACCACCCUAUAUCUGGCAGCAGUUUAAUGAAUUUAUUGGCUAAACUUGCAAAUUUAAAGAGAUUUUCAGAAUUGAAUCUGGAUGGUUUAAAGCUAAGCAAGUCUGUUAUAGAUAGCCUUUGCAAACUAUCCAAAACCUCAUGUUUGUCAGGGUUGAUGCUGGGGGGUACUAGCAUCGGAACUGAUGGUGCAUUGCAGUUAAUCGAGUCAUUGUCCAGUGGGGCUCCAGAAUUGGUGAAGCUUGAUCUACCAACUUGUGGACUGGUAUCUCAAUGCAUUGUCAGACUCAAUACUGAAGUUUCUUUGAUCAGUAGCAUUAUGGAACUGAAUCUUGGAGGAAAUCCCAUCAUGCAAGAGGGUGGCAAUGCAUUGACAUUAUUGCUCAUAAAUCCUCACUAUUGUUUAAAAGUUUUGGUCCUGUGCAAAUGUCAACUUGGUCUUCUUGGUGUUCUUUGGAUACUUCAAGCAUUAGCAGAUAAUUGUUUUUUUGAAGAGCUCAACUUGGCAAAAAAUGUCUAUUUGGAUAAUGAUAGUACUUCAUUCUACAGCCAAAUAACAACUAAAGAGAGCCUGAACUCCCUGCAGACAAAUCUCAAUUUUUUGGCUCUUCAUUGA